GUGCGGCGGCGCGGAGUUUUUGUGUAGCGCGUGAUGGUGUUUUUGUUGUGCUAAUCAGCUGAAUGUGGCGUCGUAGUUCCAGUUUGACAAGGCAAAGGGAAAGCCCCCCAGUUUGUUUCAGCUUGCCUUCAAGCAGCGCUGCAAGAUCUGCACUACACACACCGCGACACAGCCGAGGAAUGCGGACUUCUGGCCCUUUCGCUACGGGAUAAAUGGCUGCAGCACCCACACCGUAGCAAGCUGAUCCAGUGAGGUGCUAGGAUUGCCCAGUGACUGCCUAAGCGGAUCAAGAGAAGACCCAGAGGUUUCUACUCAGCAGAGCCACAGUGUCGGAACGGUCCAGCAGGAUGCCAAGCCAAACCCUCUUCUAGCUCCCAGUCCACAGUGAAGACCUGUCACAAUGGCUCAGGCCGGAUGGGAACAGACUUACUCCGUGAUGAGAGAGGAUCUAUGUUUACCCACAUCCUCUAUGCUGCUCUGGGGCACUUUUUAAUUAUGUCUUAUUUGGUCCUCUUGAAUGACUUUUGGCCCGCUCAUAAAGGUACUCCAUUGUGAUUUAUUAGUCCUGAACUGAUGCCCCUGCCUUCCCCUCUAGAUGUUCUCUCGUCCCAGGCAUCUCUGCGGCACUGUGGCUAGCCCCACGAGGCUGUGUGGUGCACUGCUCCCAGAGGCAUUCCCUGUGUGUCCAUAAGGCCUCCUCCCCACUCUAUGGAAGCGGAGCCCAGCCAUUCUGCUGAUGGGGAGCGAUCCGGAAGGCAACAGCAGCCUCUGUCUGCUGGAGCCGCUGAGCCCCCCACUGGGUCCCGUCCACCUCAGCCACAGCAGCCGCCAUCCAACCCCCGCCCCGUCCAUGGUGGCCUGGGCUGCCUCCACCACCGCAAGCCCAAACGUAGCGACCUGCUCCUCAGGCUCCAGCAUCAGCACAAGACCCAAGCAGCAGCAUGGCAGCUCUCAACAGACACCCCAGGUCCUUCAGGAGGCAGCUUCUCCUCCCCCUCCACUUCAUCCCUACCGUCCUCCUCUACCCAAGGCCACAACACUCAGGGGGUCCAGUCCCAGCCCAACCAGGAGGCCCCAGAGGGCAGCCCUUCUAAAAGAGGCGAGAGGAAGCCCCAGAAACCGGGGAAGUACGUGUGCACUUACUGCGGCCGUCCAUGUGCCAAACCCAGCGUUCUCCAGAAACACAUCCGCUCCCACACAGGGGAGAGGCCUUACCCCUGCGCCCCCUGUGGCUUCUCCUUCAAGACCAAGAGUAACCUGUACAAGCACCGCAAGUCCCACGCCCACCGCAUCAAGGCUGGCCUGGUGUCCAGCCGGGACGAGCUGAGCCUGAGCGGACCCGAGAUGAGCGCCCCGGGAGAGGAUCCCGAGGAGCCUACAGAGGGGGAGAGCACAGACUCUGAGGAGGAGACGGGUCAGUACAGGAAGGAGAGGCUGGGCAAGCAGAAGAGCAGCAGCAGUUUGGCGCUGUCAGGGCAAGAGGAGGGCCAGAGGUCUGACGACUCCCAGGCCGUGAAGCAGAGACUGGCCAUGAGGCUGAGCGAGAGGAAGCGUGGCCCCAUGGCCUCCCCGGACGACCCUCCCUCUUCCUCCACCUCUUCCUCCCUGGGCCCCAGCAGUAAAGGCAGCCAAGAGUCAGGCUACUUCUCCCUUUCGAGGAGUGCUGAGAUGAGCCGAGCUGACUCCCAGGUGAGCCCUCCCACCGCCAACGCCAAAACCUAUGCCGAGAUCAUCCUGGGCAAGUUUGGGCGGUUGGGAGGGCAGCAGCGCGGUCCCCAUCAGCAGCAUGCCCACUCUUCAUCAUCGGGGAUGGAGGAGAAGAGCAGCAUGCCCUUCAGUGUUCCCAAGACACAGGUCAUCGAUCACAUCACCAAACUCAUCACCAUCAACGAGGCGGUGGUGGACACCAGCGAGAUCGAUAGCGUCAAGCCCAGGCGCUCCUCACUCUCCAGGAAGAGUAGUCUGGAGUCACCCAAGUUCUCCUCCCCCAAAGACCCCUAUGUGUUUGAGCCUAAGGGCGAAAGCCCCGGCCCCAGUGGUAUGGCAGGCCAAUCAUUCCAUCUCCAUGUCCAAGACGUGGACCCAUCGGGGGUCCAGGAGUCCUCCUCCUCAGUGCCUCUGCUGAGAAGCCACUCCAUGCCCACGUCAGCAGGCCAGGGAAACCGCUCCAACACCUCUCCCCGGGGCUUCUGUCGUCUGAGCCACUCCUUUGACGAGCAGCAGGCCGUGGUGGCUGAGAUGAGGGUGGGCGGGCAGCACCGUUUGCUGAGGCGCCAGCCCGCCAUUGAGGUGCCCCUCGGGGCAGAGCUCAUCCUGGAGGAGGCUGGCCCCUCCUCCGCAGCUACAGAAAGUGGCCUAACCAGGAAGCAGCAACAGCAGCAACGCAAAGGUCCAAGGCUCUAUGAGUGCGAGGCCUGCGGAGCCCGCUGUAAACAAAGGGAGAGUUACGAGGCCCACAGGGGUCUCUGCACAGGCCAGCCAAUAAAGGAGCUGGAGAGAGGAGAGGUGGAUGGGGCAUGCCGGGAUGACCGCCCUCAGAUGAUGCACUAUAAAUUCCGGGCACUGGCCAUGACAGUGAGGAAGAGGAGGAAAGAGGAGAGUCUGGUGGAGCAGAGUGGGGCCUUCUCAGGUGCUCCCUCACAGGCCGAGCAGCAGCAAGACAGGAAGGGCAUCUCGGUCAUCCAGCACACCAGCUCCUUCGAGAAGCAGGAAAGUAUAUCCAUGGAGUGCCAGGAGUCUAUAGAGCUCAGAGAGAGCCAGUCAACACUGGUAAAACAGCCGCAGCCAAAAUCAUUGCCCUCCAUGUCCCGCCUGGUCCGCCAGCACAACAUCCAAGUGCCAGAGAUCCUAGUGACGGUGGAGCCUGACGCUGAUAUGGUGUCAGUGUCGCCCACGGUGACGGCGUCCUCGUCUAAGGAGCCAGAGAGAGUGGUAGAGGAGUUCCAGUGGCCUCAGCGCAGCCAGAGUAUGGCUCAGCUCCCCGCCGAGAAGCUGCCACCAAAGAAGAAGCGUCUCCGUCUAGCCGAGUCUGCUGCCCAUUCUUCCGGAGAGUCUAGCUUUGAGUCUGUAUCGCUGGGGCCCCGGAGCCCCAGCCAGGAGACCAACAUUUCUCACUCCCCCAGCCGCUCUGCCUCCUUUGAAGACAUGGAGGGCAAACCUGCUGAGCCUUCCCCCUGGGGCUCCGGCAGCACCCAGGGCUCACACAUGCUAACCGUGCCCUCGGGCCCCCACCAACACCACCAACCUCAAAGAGAGAUGCGGCGCUCAGCCUCGGAGCAGGCCGCGGCCAGCCCCCAGCACACGGCCGAGAUCGUGGAGACCAGGAGCAAAUCCUUUGACUACGGGUUCCUAUCCCCUCAGCAGUCUGCGUCGGCCUGGAGGGAGAGGAGGAAGUGCCUACUGGUGAAGCACGCCACCCUGGGCGAGCCAGACCACGAGGAAGGGGCCGUGGCCUGCCAGUCAGGCCGACCAGGGAGCCCCAAGCCAGGCCCGUCCUACACCAGCCACCCUGCCCUCCACCCAGCUGAAGCCAGCACCUCCAGGCUCAGCCCGGAGGCCAUAGGGAAGACCAUACAGCUGUUCCACCAGCCCCGGAGACUCCCAUUCCCCAUGCGACCAACUGGUCAUGAUCGGAUCCCUCUUGGCCAGAUAGCCCAGCUCCACCCGGUCACCACUGCCAUCUCAGAUGUCCUCUCCACCCACAUCAUCCACAGAGCCUUCUUACACACACACCCUUCCCCUCCAACCAUACAAGUCCACCCAGGGCAGCUUCACAUGGCAGAACGACUAGGCCUGCCCCUCCAUCCUUUCUCAGCUCUGCUCUCCCUGCAGUACCCCACCGGGGCUGGCCAGGCUGUGUACCUCCCCGUGCCCCCUGGGCUCCCCAUCCAAGUCCCCACACAGCCCCCCAUACCCUCCACCGUGGUUCUCCCUGCCCCAUAUCCUCAGUCCUUAGUCCCCCUACCCUGCCACCAUCCCACGCCUGUCAUCGCAACGUGCCUGGCGCAGCUGACGCCGAUCGUGUCACUGGUGGUACCAGUGCGCCUCCAGACCCACAUGCCCACCUACGCCAGUGCCCUGUACACCACCCUCUCCCAGAUCCUGGCGUCAGACCGCUCGCAGGAGCCCAUCUGCUGCAUGGCCAUGGUUAUCAUGGGCCAGCUGGAGCAGGACAAGCUGCAGAGGUCCUACCUGAAGAUCCCCACCCCGGACUUCAAAAGCUACCUGCCCCUGUCUCUACCCCUGCCCCUGGAGCUGGGCUUUGCGUCCGGGGAGGGCUACGGGAUACUGGGGGCAGGAGGGAGCAAACGCAUGCUCUCCCCUGCAGCCAGUCUGGAGCUCAGCACAGAGGCCCAGCGCCAGCAGAAACGUGUGAAGGAGGAAGAGGUGGAGGAGGAAGAGAAGGUGGGAGAGGAAGAGGAAACUAGGAGAAAACUGGAAGCAGGGGAGGAUGAAGAGAAAGAGCCGGAAAGGGCACAGAUAGGAGUAGUAACUGUGAAAGUCGAGGAGGUACGGGACCCAGAGGGGCACAGGGAAGAGCGGGAGGUGCAAGGGAAGGCUGAACCUAAGAAAGAAAAGGGGAGGGAGGACGACGAGGGCCAGGGAGUGAGUGCUUCCUUAGUACCCCAGAGUCCAGAGCGAGCCAAAGCCCCAUCGUACCCCAGCCUCCACACCACCACCUCAGUCAGCUGGUGCUACUUGAACUACGUGAAGCCCAACCCUUCUGCCCAGAGGGAGCCACAAACCUCAGUUUAUACCUCCUGGAGCGUCAGCGUGCACAACCCCAACCUGCCAGGCCUGUCCACCAAGCUGGCACUGUCCCUGCUGCGCUCCAAGCAGAAGCACAGCUCAGAGACCUACACCAUGGCCACAGCUCUAACCCCUGCCAUGGGCAAGGUGGUCCUUGCCAGCAGCAGAAAGUCCCACAUUUCAGAGGUACAUGCUACCCCACCCAGCACCCCUGUCGAAGUGAAGGAGCCAACACAGCAGCCUGAGAAGGAGGAGAAGAAGGGGAAGAGAGAGGAGCAAGGGCCCUCCACCUCCAAACAGAGCGAGCCUCUCCGUGUCCAAAUCUUCGAUGGCGGGUACAAGUCUAAUGAGGAGUAUGUAUACGUGCGGGGUCGCGGCCGAGGAAAGUAUGUGUGCGGAGAAUGCGGGAUCCGCUGUAAGAAGCCCAGCAUGCUAAGAAAGCACAUUCGCACACACACGGAUGUCCGGCCCUACGUCUGCAAACACUGCAAAUUCGCUUUCAAAACCAAAGGGAACCUUACCAAGCACAUGAAGUCCAAGGCUCAUGGGAAGAAGUGCCAGUCAAUGGGAACGUCUGGGUCUUCACUGGACGAGCCGGAGACCGAGGAAGCAGGAGGUAGUGAAGAGCGUUUGUCUGGCUCCGAGGACCAGGAUGAGCACCAGUUCUCUGACGUGGAUGAUUCAGAGGAGGACGAUGACGAGGAUAAGGAAGAGGAGGAGUCCUCAUCUCACGACGAGCCGCCUUCCUCCUGCUCCUCCGACCCCCGUCUGUCCACAGGGGGGCACUCCAGUAGCGGAAGACGGUCCCAGCAGGGCACGCCUGACCCCUCAGCCCCAGAACCCCAGCCAGGUCCCAGCCCCUGCCCCAGCCAGGAGCCCUCUCCCACCCGGAGACUGUGGCCAAGCGGGCGUGCUGCCUCUCCAGGAAGCCGGAGGGCACUGUUCUCCCGCCGGGGCUUAGAUGCCUCCCCCAGGGCCUUCUCCCCUAGCAGUGAAAGCUGCUCUCCCAUCCGAAGUCUUUCCCCCAGACUGGAGCUGGCCUCCCCCAACCGACACCUCUCGCCCUCCCCCAAGAGAGGACCGUCCCCCAUCAGAGCUCUAUCCCCCCUGUCCCCCCUGCGGCCUCUCUCCCCUCUCCGGCUGAUGUCCCCUAGCCAGUACCGGGCGUCGUGGGCCCGGGCCUCUCCCUCGCCCCUGGGGGUGCAACAUAGACCUUGCAGCUCACCCAGUCGUUUGCCCUGGGACAUCCCCAGUACGAUGGCCAGCGAUCGCAGAGAGGUGGGUUCAAUGGAGAGGAUAGGAACACCAAGUGAAGGGCUGAUGGGUCCAGAGCCCAGCCUGUCAUUCUCCCCAGCUUUCCGUCUGUCCCCCAGUGACAGCCCUGCAGCCAAGUCCCAGUCCAUGGACCACGUCUUUAGCCACCUGCCUCUGCACUCCCAGCAGGCCAGGGUGCCCUACCUGAUGAUCCCCAUUGGGGGCAUUCAGAUGGUGCAGGCUCGUCCCCGCUCCCACCCCACUACCCCCACCUCGCCCCCCUCUCCCCCGAUGGAGGGGCUUCUACUGGGCCAGACCAUUAGGGAAGCCCCCUGGUGCAGGAUCCCCAGAACUCAAGGGCUCAGAACUCCUGGGGACCACUGGUCUGACAGCCAGGAAGUAGUAAGAGCCAGCCAAUCAGGGCAGUGCAUUCCCAGUUUAACCCCACCCAUACGUUCCAAACCCUCCACCUCGCAGCAUGGUAGGACGGACCCAGGGAUGAUAAACACAAAGCAAUAUGGCAGCUUACACAGCUCCUCCCACUCACACAGGUCUGAGGCAGAGACCACAGAACGAUGGCCCUCACACGGCCAGGCAGGACCGCCCCCCUAGUCAGCCAGUCCCCCCUCCCACACACAGGAUUGGACAGCUGUCUGAGAGGCAGGAGUCACCAGGGUUGCGGUCCAGAGUGACUGGUUCAGAAUUGGUGGAGGGAGGAGCUAAAGGCAGAGACUCAACCAAUCAAGGCCAGAGCACUUAGUCUCCACCCUUUGAUGAGUCAUGCAUCCUUUACGCUUUUGUUUUUAUACAGUUUUCAAUACAAUUGUUAACUUAAAUGUUUGUUCUUCUGCAAUAUUCAGGUUUGUUAUAAAAUGCACUUUUCUUUAAAUCUCUCAAUCUUACCUUCUGUAUCUCUAUUGAUACUGCUAUCUUAAUAUCUAUUUGAUUAUAUAUGUAAAAUAAAUAUGAAUACAUUUGUAAAUGACCAAAAUCUUUAAUCAACAAUAAUUCACAUUUUGUUUUGUCCCUUUGUCCAGUAUUACUCAAACUGUAGUUACUUGUGCCUUUUCUGUCUGGGUUUGUGUCUUGAGAUGAAGACCAAGAUAAAAGGCUGUGAAGUUUUGAUAUACACUCGGUGUUUCCAGGAAGGGGGUUCCUGUGUGGCGUGAUAAUUGUUUGUAUCCUUAAAGGGAUAGUGUUGGGUUAGAGGUAGUUUUGCGAGCCAAUGCUAACUAGCUGUACCCGAAGACUUCCAGUCUUUGCGCUAAGCUAGUUAGCAUUGGCUCGCGAAACUACAGUACCUCUACCUUCCUUCAUACUGGAUGCAGAGACAUAAAAAUUCAUUGCCAAAACCCCAAACUAUCCCUUUAAGGCCAUUGCAUUGAUGUCAGGGUAUUCUAAAAUAUGGUAUAUGAGGUGGUAUAUUGAAGGAACAGUGAGCGCUUUGCAAAGAAAAUGCACUGAAGUCAUAUUUUUUUAUAAAAAAAGAUUUGUCAAUCUUAUGUGUCUGUACAGAGAAGAGUGCUCCAUAUUUAUUAUUUUGUUAUACUAUGAAAGAGAUUAUUGUUUAAGUUUUUUUACUUUUAAUUUUUGGAGGAAAAAAAACAUGCAAUUUUUAUUUAGUCAUGUGUCUGUCUUUUUCGUAAUGUUCUCAAGAGUUGAAAUGGAGAUGGAGAGGACGGUCUCUUUAAGGUUGGAUGGUACAAGGAGGAACAAGUGCCCUAAAGAAUUUCGCACACAGCAAAUCUUUAGUCUCUGAACCAAUAAAAAGUGUUUUUUACUU